AUGACAGUCAAGGUCUGCCACUCACCUCCAAGCUAUGACUCUUGGUGGUACGCCGACUCUGCUCGUUACGAGUAUGUCAAGAGUGAUCUCUUCUGGACGCUCGCCGUCCUUAUUAUAGUUAAUUUCUGGUGGUCGACAAAGCAAGUCGACGCAUUCCCUGAAAAGGGCGAGGAGCCUGAUACUACCGCUCCACAGCCCGGCUUCUGGCUCAAGCAAUGCAUUACGUCACGCCUUCGCCAAUACCUCGCCUUGUUGAUGUGCACCUUGGCGUUUCCCCUUCAACUGCUUCACGGCUCAUGGGUGCUCAAAUCUGCGUGGCGAAUCACAUUCGGGCUACUCAAGCGUACAUACCCAUCUAUCAAACCGCGAAUACUCGGUUUCAUUAUCUACUCACCGAUUACGGUCGUGGUACUGGCGGGGUGGGCUGCUGUUUUGGGUUUUGGUAUUGUUAUCAUCGCAACUCAAAUCCUGGUUUGGGCCAAGUUAUGGGAGAUGAAGCUGAGCACCCCAUCAGCUUCCCGCCCUAAACAACUCAAGGACAAGCCCGAUGGUGAUGGAGAUUGGGACGAAAUAAAGGGAAAUGAAAUGGAGGACAGUAAGAACAAGUAA